AUGUCAGACCUCUCAGGGUCGCGUUUCCCGGUCCCUCCGCCGCCACCGCCGCCUCAGAAGUACUCGAAUCGGGCGGCCAACGCCCUCGCCAGAUUCGCCCAGCCCUUCUUUUCCGGCUCGAGGCCCCCCAGCCCUCAAAGUAGCCGCCUGGAUGGCCCCCGGUCGAUCAGGUCGAAAUCGCUACCAGGAGAACCGCAGACCGUCACCCAUAAAACGGGCAUCCCUAUCGCCGCCCUCGAUAUCUCCCCCCAACGGACCCAUGCAGUGAUCGGAGGCAAGGAUAUCCUCAAGACCAUCCGUGUCGAGCCUGACCAUUCGUCGGAGGAAUUUAAUCUUCGCCAUGCCGUCGUGAGCUAUGCAGCCACUCACAAUGAUGCCGGCGUCUUGAUGCCACACAAGGACCAGUUGAAUGUGAGAGACGUCAAGUGGUCACAUGGCAAUUAUGACCGGAUAAUCGCGACUGCAGUCGCCAAUGGUCGGAUUGUCGUUUACGACCUGCAGCGGCCCGGGCUCCAAUUAUGUCGCUUCCAGGGCCACAACCGUCAGGUCCACCGACUCGCCUUCAACCCCCAUCGCCCCGCCUGGUUGCUGUCCGGCAGCCAAGAUGGAACCAUUCGAAUGUGGGAUCUGCGGUCUGCGUCUGCGAAUCGGGGCUCUUCCACGUGCGGCAGCAAGCAUGUGUACCAUGGCAAUAGCGAUGCCAUCCGGGACGUCCGGUGGUCCCCCAGCGAUGGCGUCGUGUUUGCAACUGCCACGGACAGCGGCGCCAUUCAGAUGUGGGAUUGUCGCAAGGUCAAUGCCCCGCUGAUGAGGAUUGCGGCUCAUGAUCGCCCAUGUUUCGCCGUGGACUGGCAUCCCGACGGAAAACAUAUUGUCAGCGGUGGCACAGACCGACAGGUCAAGGUUUGGGAUUUCUCAUCGGCAGAGCGGCGGCAGAAGCCGGCAUUUCAGUUGCGCACCCCCCAGGCCCUCAUGAACGUGCGCUGGCGCCCGCCGUUCUGGGUGGGAGAGUCGCCGGCAUCGGGGGAGUGGCAAUCCUCCCAAAUUGUGACCUCCUACGACAAGGAAGACCCGCGUGUUCAUCUUUGGGACCUUCGCCGCCCGCACGUCCCAUUCCGAGAGUUUGAUCGGUACGACACCCAUGCCACCGAUCUGCUCUGGCGCUCCAAGGACCUUUUGUGGGCGGUCGGCGAGGCCGGCGCCUUCACACAAACCGACGUUCGCUAUGCUCCCGCUGUGGCUCACCGACGACCGAUGUGCUCGGUGGCAUGGAGUCCCAAUGGCGAGUUCGUUGCCUUUGCCCAGAAGCGGCCCCGUCGACGUGCCUUGAAUACCAGUCCGGCCGAGAUCUUCCAUCCCCAGGUCGACGAGGCCAACAAUGACGAACAGUCCUUGAGCCAAAGCCCUUCGGAUGACAUCCUCGACGAAGCCUCUUUGCCUUCAUCGUUUCGACACCGUCACACCAAGUCCACCCCGGUUCGACCCUCCAAGUCCUUGGGCAGUACACCACCCGGGGCAGUGGAUAUCAUCCCUGUACUUCCCCUGGACGAAGCCUUGACCAAGAUUGCCGUUCCCGCACCCAGUCAAUUGGGGGCAAUAGGGAGUAUACCGGGUGCCACGAAUGAUCCAUCCCUCUUUCGAUAUCUGGCCAGUCACUAUACCCCCAUGAUGGACGAAAAUAAUGACAGGCGGACCUUCCCGGAUAUUCUUAAUACCCUGAUGGAGUCUCUGGACCACAACGCUGAAUGCGCAGACGAGGCAUCACUGGCCAAAGUGGCCCAAACAUGGAGAAUCGUGAAAUUUGCCCUUUUGCAGGAGCUCCAGCGUAGGUCGAGAGAACAGCCGUCUGGUAAAAGUGGGUUGAAAGAAAAAUCGUCCAAGGACGGGAUUUUGGCCGACCGAUCGCGGCUGCCAGACGACGGUCGGCAGGAAAAGGUGAAAAGUCGAUUGUUCAAAGGAGUCAUAGAAACCGAAGGCCAGAGGAGCCUCAUUCCUGAGACGGAGAGCACAUCAAACAUGACUACGCCUCUUGCGCAACCUCUACCAGAUUCGCCCGUGGAGUCGUGGGCCAGCACUGAUUCCCAAAUCCCAUCGCUGAGUGACAACGCUGUUGAUCUCGAUCCUUUACCACCAUCGGUUUUGAGCUCCCAUACUGGCUGGGACAUGUCGGACCCUGACGCUCGUCGCGUCGCACCCUUACGCCAAGGGCACACCGCGUUGAGUGAAGAUACGCAUUCUCCCGGAGAGGCAUUGGCGGACCAGCUUCGUGACGCGGAACAGCAAGAUAUAGAUAAUGAUCAGAGGUCAGCACCUCGGGCCAUUGCUGGUAGAGCAGACUGGCGUGUUCACGGUCGGUCGGCUUUCCCCCGUGAAGUCUCCGAAGAUGAUUACGAGCAAAAGUUGGAGGAUAAGCGUGCCGCACUCCGUGACUACAAGCAAGCUCCCAAGACGGUGUUGACACUGGAAUCCCCACUCGAGUCCAAUCGGCCUCCCGCGCUGGAUCGUUACCAACGACAUGAUUCUUCGGAGAGUUUUCCGAUGUUUUCUGCAUCCACAGAUAGCUCGCAUCCAUCUAAAUCUAUUGGCGCCUCUUACUCGUCCAGUGGGCGAAUUCAGGAUGCCGCCCGAUUGUCAGAUGCAGGUCAAGCCGGCAGCGCUGCGGCGGGAACGGGAUCAGCCCUAGUCACACCUCAGGAAGAAGCCGAAGACGACAUCCCGUUCGAUGAGUCGCUAGAAGAGAGCGAUCAAGUUCAUUUGGAACGCCCUUCCAGUCCCCCUCCCUUGCUGAAAGAAUCAACUCCGGUUGAGUGGCCCGCAUCAGAGGACAAGCUUCAAUCUCCGGGCACUUUGUUCCACAUGGAUACAUAUCCAACUAUGGCAGGAAUGACUGAGGAUCUUUCGCAGAUUCAACUUCCUCUUGUUCCAGAUGCAACGGACUUGAGACCAUGGGGAAUCGAGGCCAUUCUAAAGGAGGCCGUCCGGUAUUACCACAGCAGUAGCAGCUCCGUGGACAUCCAAACUGCUGCCCAUCUGCUUCAAAAGCUGCACAUUCUGUUUGAUGACUGCGACGAAAUUCUCCCGUACGAAGAAUGUGAACAGGUUUUCAAGACCUACAACGAAUAUCUUAUUCACCACUCGAUGGAUUUGGAGGCGGCGGAGCUCCGCCUGUCUUGCGUCCCAACCUACCCUGCCGUCUAUGACUAUGCCCAAGCAGACACCUUCAUGAACGUCUUCUGCUAUACCUGCCAACGGCCUUUCGAAAAUCCAAAGCGAGACAACAUCCGCUGUCACCGUUGCAACACUCCACAGGCUCCAUGCUCCAUCUGCAUGAGCACUUACCCACCCCCUGAAUGGGUCGCAGAGCAGCACUGGCAACAGCUUGCCUCACCAAUUGCACCAUUUACCGACUCCGACGCCGAAACCAUCUCACACCUCUCGUCACAGUCUGCCGUCCCCACCGAGCCCGUGCCCCUCUCCGAACUUGAGCAGCUAGAGUCGUUCACUGUCCCACGGCCUAAGGGCUCUGCCCUGUGGACCUGGUGUCAAGGCUGCGGUCAUGGUGGUCAUCUCGCCUGCAUCACGACUUGGCUCGGUGACCUUUCCAUCAGCGAAGGCGGCUGUGCUACGCCCGGAUGUUCGCAUGAUUGCGGCCCAGGCCCCCGCCGGGAACUCAACCGACAGACUCUCUCCGCCGAGUCCAAGCGUCGCGAUUCUGCUGGGCGUGCCGGGGGUUCCAGCCUCGUGAAGCGUGACCCCUGGACGAAAGGUGAAAGCAAGGCCGUUGAAAAGGUCCGUGGCAUGCUUGGCGUUGCCGGUGUUGCCGCUGCCACCGGAGGUAGCGGUGCUGGGCCGAACACCUCCACCGCCAACACCAGCUCUGGACCUGCACCGGUCUCUUCUGGGGCGAUGUCGCCGAAGAAAGUCCGCUUGGUUACUCCCAAGGAGCAGGGUAAACGGCACAGCAUCACUGGACGCUUUAAUGUCACUGCCAGUGAAUACUAG